UUUUUGGAAUUUGGAAAGAUAAUAUUUUAUAAUUUUAUAUUUAUUUGUAUUUCGCAAUAAGUCUAACAAUAAUUAUCUAUUCAAUUUUCUCGGCUUCAUCCCAGACACCGUGAGAGAAAAUGUCGUUUUUGAGUCCGUUCUUCCGGAACCCAAUAACCGAUUUCACAGGUCCAAUCAUGUCUGCGCAGACGGGCGUACGCUGUGCAGAUUUUGAAAUGAAGUUGAUGAACUGUUACGAGGCUUACGGGUAUCCGAAAGGCAUGGAAGUAUGUCAAGCGUACUAUGAUGAUUUCAAAGAAUGUUGCACAAGAGAUAAACAGAUGUCUCGAGUACAAGCAAUUCAAAACGAACGUGACCGUCAAGCCAAACCUGAGUACGAAAAACCCCCAGCAAUGCACGCAUUUUAGAAUAUGUGCUUACAUAAUGUAUUUGUUCUACAUACAUAUUUUAUAAUGAAUAAAACUGUUUUAAUAAUUAUAAUAGUUUAUCUUUAAUUUUAGUUCGUAAAGAUAAACAUGUUUAGGUCCUUAUUGUAUAAAAAAAAAUAUAAAUACAAAUAGUUAAAUUAA